AUGGCCGAUUAUUUACGCAAAAAUGAUUUAGCAGCCCUGUGGUACCACCCUUCUGAUGAGGUUUCAACGGUUCUUCUCGCAUAUGGAUCUAGCUCAACCAGCUGGGGUUUCUUUGACCAGGGCGUGGAUUUUCCAUCCAGUUCGGGUCUCCGAAUUGUUUCACGAAGCUAUCUUGCGCCCAUCAGUACCGUCCGCCAGCCCUUAUCUAUACCAGAACCUCUUCAAACCGUUGACGACCCUAUCAUCAUCGAUGAGCUUGUGCCUUCGAUUCCAGAUGAGCCGCCAAGCUCACUUCCCAAAGAUCUAUCCAAUUUGGAUAUUGUAACCUUAUUCCGCGAGCGGUGGCGAAUAACAUUCAAGGAACUAAGCAUUGUUAAUGGACCAAAAAAGGAUAGUUUUGCUCGUGCAUUCUACCUUUACUUUCCAUCUGAAGCAGAAGACGAAUUUCAACUUGUACUGAUGUUUCUGAGGAAAUAUACCAAUGCCAUCUUUUCCAAUCGACUCAAAGGUGAUUGGGAACGCUUUGCGGAAACAGUCGAUUCAGGAACUGUCUUGGUGAGCUAUAUUGCCCUGCAUUAUAAAUGCUUACUUAUGUUUUGGCAGUUCCAUCAGUCCUACGCCUUCUAUGAGUUUAUGCCUGGCCUGCAUAAACUUCUGCGUAAACACAUUAACAUCUUCAACAUUAGUCUUGACAGACCAGUGAAACAUGUUGACUAUGAAAUUCAUCUGCAACGGCUUUUUCCACAUGGCGCUGUUAUUCUCAUAACAGAAGACUAUAUAAUUCAUGAGACUGAAUCUGCUUUGAAUGUCAUAAAAUGGUUCCGCGCAUAUUCUGAGAAACGAUUUCCGGGUACUUGGAAAUUAUUUCUCAGGCCAAAUGUAUUGGGUUGGCUUUCUGAGAUAUUUGAUAAAUGGGUUGAUGAUAAAAUGUAUCAGAUAUACUGCAUUCUGGAACAUAUGAUCCUGAACUAUGCAGGAGAUGACUCCACUCCCAUCUCAUUUGAUGGAGAAUCUGAUGAUGAAGGCCAACCUCAGCCCCUGGUCUCACCAAGCUUCAUCCCAGACUAUGGCUCCCGCCAGGAAGACGAACACGAAGACAUCCCCAAAGGCUUAUUGCAAGAAGAACGGAAUACAGAUCACCUAGUAGAGUACUUUGCUGGUUGGGCCAUUUGCAAUUGUGAUAGAUACAGAAGAUUUGUUACCUUGUCUCAUUAUAAGCCACAGCCAAGAUGGAAGAAAUGGCAACAUAUUGAGAACAUGAACACCCAGGAAUUUCUCCGCAUAUUUGUCAAUAAUGACCUGACUAGACGUUCGUCGAAACAUCACCCUUCACCCUCCAGCGCGCAUCGAAAGCUACAGCCAACUCCACCUCGGCCACCACCUGCUUAA